AUGAACACCAACGAUGAGCACAACGAGACUGGACCUCCGUCCACGUCCAACGGCCAUAGUCGCGUACUCACCGCUGCUGUGCGUCCUGCUGACCGCCAGAUGUCGAUUUCUGCGAUCCUCUCGUCGCCCAGCACCGAUCAAAAGAGCACAGAGACCGUUGCAGAUGGGACCGUGCCCUCGUACACGGAACUGAUGAACUCUUUCGAACGGCGUGUGCGGGCUUUGGUGAAACUGGACGCACUUUCCACCAACGAGAUCAACCAGGUGCAGCUUUUGGACAACGAGCUGAGGCUGCUCAGGGCCCAGGAUGGCAUCUAUGUGGACCCGGGGCUGAUCGAAGAUCUCAAGACUAAGGUUUUGGAGCUUGAUCCCAAGAUCUACGACAAGCUGACCAGGCGCAACAAGCUAGCCGAACAAGAGUCGGAGGAUUUGCGCGACCUCAAGACAGACCAGCUCAAGCUGCUCGCCGACGUGCAACGCGAGGAGCAGAAUAAGCUCCACAAGGCCACUGACCGAGCCAAGCCGCAAGAAGAAACGGCCAGCCAGCCGCUUAUGAAUAUUGCGCCGAAAAAGGUCGACGAAUUGCUGGUGGAAGAGCCGGCGGAGCCGGCAGAGUCGCUGAGCGACGUUGGAGACACGAAUGGCGACGGUCGUCGUAAGCGGAAGCGCAAGACUAGGAUCGACCCGUCUAAGCUUGUGGACGAGGAGCAGGACGAGACCAAGACGAAAAAACGGAAGAAGAAGACCGACGAUGAGACAGCUGCGAAUGUGAAUAACGUGGCCGGCUCGGACGAUCUGGAUAUGGACGACGAGGACGGCAGGGGCUCUAAGAGCAGCGUUUCUGUGAAAGAGCAGAAGGCCAUCGACAAACAGUACGACAAUGUCUACAUCUCGAUCUGGAAAGAUUUGGCUCGAAAAGACGGCCCGAAGGCGUACAGGAUGUACUACCAGAUGGUGCAGGCCAAGCAGAUGAAUCUGAAGAAGACUUCGAUGCUGGCGGCCCGAGAGUCGCGCAAAUGGGUCGGCAAGGCCACGCGGUCCCAGAAAGACCUGAUGACCAAGGCCAGACGUUCGAUGAGAGAAAUGCUGAAUUUCUGGAAAAAGCACGAACGCGAGGAGAGAAACAUGCGCACGCGGGCAGAACAGGAGGCCGUGGCAAAGGCCAAGAAGGAAGAAGAAGAGAGAGAGGCGCGGCGGCAGUCGAGAAAGCUCAAUUUCCUUAUCAACCAGACCGAGUUGUACUCGCACUUUAUUGGCAAGAAAAUCAAGACCGAUGAGGUGGAGGGCGAGAUGGGCGACAAGUCUCUGCUUGCCGGAACGAAGCCUGAGGACACGGGGCUGGACAGCGUGGAUUUGGCGGCCGCUAAGCGCGAUUUGAGCGAGAUAGACUUUGAAUCGCACAGCGACGAAGUGCUACAGAAGACAGCUGCUGCCAACGCACACUCUGCGCUUCUCGCGGCGCAGCAGCGCGCCAAGGAGUUUAACGGCGAGGCUUCAGAGCCCGACAAUGAGGGCGAGAUGAACUUCCAGAACCCAAGCAGUAUCGGCGACAUGAACCUCACCCAGCCAAAGCUGCUCAACUGCACUUUGAAGGAGUACCAAAUGAAGGGAUUGAAUUGGCUGGCCAAUUUGUACGAGCAGGGCAUCAACGGCAUACUGGCCGACGAGAUGGGCCUGGGAAAAACCGUGCAGAGUAUAUCUGUGCUGGCGUAUCUUGCUGAGACACACAAUAUCUGGGGACCAUUUCUCGUGGUGACGCCUGCGUCGACGCUGCACAACUGGCAGCAGGAAAUCACUAAGUUUGUGCCUGACUUUAAGGUGCUGCCUUACUGGGGCAGUGCCAAGGACAGGAAAGUGCUGCGGAAGUUCUGGGACAGAAAGAGCAUUGUAUACCACAAGGACUCGCCGUUCCACGUGGUGGUGACGUCGUAUCAGCUUGUGGUGGCGGACGUGCAGUAUUUCCAGAAGAUGAAGUGGCAAUACAUGAUUUUGGACGAGGCGCAGGCCAUCAAGUCGUCCAAUACGUCGAGAUGGAAGUCUCUGCUGAGCUUCCAAUGCCGUAACCGGCUGCUGCUGACGGGAACCCCGAUCCAGAACUCGAUGCAAGAGCUGUGGGCGCUGCUGCAUUUCAUCAUGCCGUCGCUAUUCGACUCGCACGACGAGUUCAGUGAGUGGUUUUCCAAGGAUAUCGAGGCGCACGCACAGUCGAACACGCAGCUAAACGAGCAGCAGUUGCGGCGACUGCACGUGAUUCUGAAGCCGUUCAUGCUGCGGCGGAUCAAGAAGAACGUCCAGAGCGAGCUUGGCGACAAGAUCGAGAUCGAUGUGUUCUGCGACCUCACCAACAGACAGAAGAAGCUGUACCGUAUGCUCCGGUCGCAGAUCAACAUCAUGGACUUGAUAGACAGCAACAAGAAGAUCAACAGCAGCAACGACGACGAGGCCCAGGGAGACUCGCUGAUGAAUGUGGUGAUGCAGUUCCGUAAGGUGUGCAACCAUCCGGAUCUUUUUGAGCGAGCCGACACCAAGUCCUCGUUCAGUAUGAGCAGGUUUGCCGAGACGACGUCCUUGGCAAGCGAGAUCAACGAGAACCUGUUGGAGUUCAACUACACGACGCGCAACCAGAUAGAAUACAAGUUGCCAAAGCUGUUGCUGGAAGAUCUGUUUUCUCCGCAGUACGAAAAAUCUUUUGCGGACAAGGCCAACGUGCUGAACAAGCUGAGCAUAUGGAAUCCAGAAAACCUGCAUGAGAGCGACAAUUUUGCAUUUUUGCGCUUCAUCAACGAGACCCCGUCCAGUGCACGGCGUGCAGCAUACCGAAAUGUUGUGCAAAACGCCAUUGAUCUGCGCUCGUAUUCGGGUAUUUCCAAACACGACCGUGCCGAGCUGCUCAGGGAGAUAUACGACGGACAGGUGCCUGUCCACAGCAUGUUUUACAUCCGCAAGCAACACAAGGAGCACACAUCGGUGCCAGACAAGGUGUACAAGGACAUGUAUUUGAACGUGGCCCGUUUGGGAGCGUUCCCUGCUGCGUCUGCUCCGCCGAUUGAAAUCUCGUGUUCGAAGCAGAGAUUCAAUUUCAUCAAGAGGGAUGCGCUUUACGACCCGGUUAUUCGACAGGCAAUGGGACCACUCAGUCUCAACGUCCAAUGGGACUUGAUGCAGCGCAAGGUGCCGCUGGAGCUGUGGCCGAAGGCAGAGAUGAACGUGGAGCCGCUCAACGCUAGAAACGGCUUUUCGUCGAUCAGGCUGCCGUCGAUGAACCGGUUCGUGAUCGAAUCUGGCAAGCUAGCGAAGCUGGAUGAGAUGCUGGUGGACCUCAAGAAGAAUGGCCACAAGUGUUUGAUUUACUUCCAGAUGACCAAGAUGAUGGAUCUGAUGGAGGAGUUCCUCACGUAUCGCCAGUACAAAUACAUCCGGCUGGAUGGGUCGUCGAAACUGAGCGACCGCCGAGACCUGGUGCACGACUGGCAGACAAAACCAGAGCUUUUCAUUUUCUUGCUCAGCACGCGCGCGGGUGGUUUGGGUAUUAACCUCACUGCUGCGGACACGGUGAUUUUCUACGACUCAGACUGGAACCCGACGAUCGACUCGCAGGCCAUGGACCGCGCGCACCGGCUCGGCCAGACGCGGCAGGUGACCGUGUACCGGCUGCUGGUGCGCGGCACGAUCGAGGAGCGGAUGAGAGACCGUGCUAAGCAGAAGGAGCAUGUGCAGCAGGUGGUGAUGGAAGGCAAGUCGACGAUCGUUCCGGACAAGAAGGACGCGAACGACAAGAACAAAGACAAGAAGGAGAUGGCCAUGUGGCUGCUGGAGGACGGUGAGGAUGAGCACAAGAGAUAG